GCUUCUCCUCUCGGAUAUUCCUUGAUACCAAAACAACACCAACUAUACUCAACAUGCCCGCAUUCACCACCAUCGAUCUUCCCGAGACUCCCUCUCCCAACUACGUUAUCGUCAAGAACAUCUCUGCUCAGUCUUCCGAGAAGACUGUCAAGGAAUUCUUCUUGUUCUGUGGUAAGAUCAAGGAGUUUGAGCUUAUCAAAGAUGACGAUGAGGAACAUCAGGUUGCCUUGAUCAACUUUGAGCGCGAAUCUGCUGCCAAGACCGCCUCCCUCCUCAGCAAUGCCUUGAUCGAUGAUUGCCACAUUACCGCUGCUGCCUAUUUCGAUUCCGCUUCCUCUGCUGAAGGUGCCCACUCCCCUGAACUCGAGACCUCCGAAACCACCCAAGAAUCCAAGCCCAAGUCCCGUAUUGCUGCCGAAAUCCUUGCCAAUGGUUACUUACUCCAGGACCACAUUGUUGCCAAGGGCCUUGAAUAUGAUGGAAAGUACAGCUUCUCCACCCGUAUCUCGGGUUACCUUAGCUCUCUUCAGGCCAAUGUCAAGCAGCUUGAUACCAAGUACCGUAUCUGGGACAAGGCUGUAGAAAUUGAUCACAAGUUCGGUAUCCAGGAGAAGGUCCACACUGCUGCCCAACAGGCUCAGCACACUGCCCAGGUUGCUCUCCAGUCCCCUACAGGCCAAAAGGUCCAUGACUUGGCCAGCCAGACAUUCGCACAGAUUGCUGCUGUCCACUAUGAGGCCAAGAAGAUCCAGGGUGAGAAGAUUAUUGCUUCCGCUGAAUCCCAUCCCGCCGAGCCCGCUGCAACUGCUGCUUAAAUGCGAAUCGACUUUCCCAUUUAUUGUUAAUCCUAUUGAUAUUACUAUCUCCCUGAAUUCUCUCUUCUUAUCUUCCAUAUCCCUUUUUCUUCCAAGCAAUUGAUAUCCCACACAUCAAACUAUCUUAUCUAUUUCUUCAUCCAUGUCUUUCCUUCUUCUUGAGAUUGUUUCUUUUUCUUUUUCUUCUUCUUUUCUCUUUGUAUUCAUUUAUGAAAAAAGACAAAGAAAAGGCAAAGAGAAUAAAAUAAAUCCUCUCUCCUCUCUACUCUUCCCCUUCUUCAUUCAAUUCCUUUGUUUUAACCAUUAGCUAUAUGAAAUCUCAUCUAGAAAGAAAAAACAUACCCCCCCCCCUUUUUUUUUAUAAAGCACCAAAUUUCUUAUCAUCAUCUUUUUAUAUAAACAAAAUUUGCAAAACC